UUUUGACAGUUACUAAAAGUGACAGCUGGUCUGGUACUGAUACUGGUAAAAAUCGAGGUUAAUUUUGUUCUGUUAUUUUGUGCAUCUUGUUCUUAUAAAAGGAACAAUUUUAUUUACAUCAGUCACUUAGAACAAUUUUUCAUAGGCAAUUUUAUUAAUAAACAAUGGCAUCAAAAGUCACUUUCAAAAUCACUUUGACAUCAGAUCCAAAGUUGCCCUUUAAAGUACUGAGCGUGCCGGAAAAUACACCUUUUACGGCGGUGUUAAAGUUUGCUGCGGAGGAGUUCAAAGUAACCCCAGCUACGUCAGCAAUAAUAACUGACGAUGGUGUGGGAAUUAAUCCACAGCAAACAGCGGGAAACGUCUUUUUGAAGCAUGGCUCAGAACUUAGACUAAUACCCAGAGAUCGUGUUGGUGGAAUUAGUUGACUAUAGAUAGAAAAUAAUUAUAAUAAACAAAUGAAAUAAUUUUAUUUUAAUAUUCCGUUAAAUUUAUUCUUCACUACGACCUUAAAAUAAAUAUCCAUUUCUUAAAA